ACUUUAUAUAUCUAAAUGACUAUGACAGGACUGCGCGGUGUUUAUGUACCUAUCCCUACAUUCUUCAAACCUAAUGAAGACCUUGAUCUGGAGGCCCUGGAACGCCAUGUUGCCUACCUUGCCAACACCGGUAUUGCGGGUCUAAUCUUUCUUGGAUCGAUGGGCGAGGCUGUCCACCUGUCCGAGGCCGAGAGAAUCACGCUCGUCAAGGAGGGCAAGCGACUGAUCGCAAAGUACAACCCGGACUUGACCUUGAUUGCCGGAACCAGUGCAGCCUCUGCACGCCAAACCAUCGAGCUUGCCAAGGACGCUGCAUCGGCUGGAGCAGCCUGUGCGCUAAUCUUGCCUCCAUCCUUUUACCGCGGUAAUGUGACAAGUGAUGCACUGUUUGCAUUCUACACCAGAGUUGCAGACCAGUCCCCGAUACCUGUCAUUAUCUACAACUACCCUGGUGUCUGUCAAGGUGUCGAUGUCGAUGUCCAGACAAUCACACGUCUUUCACACCACAAGAACAUCAUUGGUGUAAAGGGUACAGACGGUAACAUUGGCAAGGUUGGAUAUCUUGCUGAGCAUACUGACCCCAAUGAAUUUGCUUUGUUGGCUGGAUCUGCAGAUUUCUUUUUGCCUGCAUUGACUGUGGGUGCAGUUGGUCUUGUGCCUGGGCUUGGAAACCUUUUGCCACGAGCAUGCGUGGAGGUGCAGACAUUGUACGAGAGCGGCAAAUUAAAGGAGGCUUCGGCGCUGCAAAAGAAACUUGUCAAGCCUGAUGACGCAUUCGCAAGAUGGCAUGGACUGCCUGGUGUCAAGGCCAGUAUGGACAGGUUGUUGGGUUACGGAGGUGUGGUUCGGCUUCCAUUACUGCCUGUUACUGCAGAACAGGCUGAUGUGAUCACAAAGGCACUUUCGGAAGGGUUUGAAAUUGAGCGAUCCCUCAAGAACUAA